AUGCCAUAUCCGCUCGGCACUUUCGGGUUGUUGAAAGGCCUCGAACUCUUGCUUUCUUGCCCACAGGCUGUAACUCUUGCGGCUGAUUGCCUAGGUCAAUUCAAAAGUGAGACCUUCAACGUACCUCAGGCGCCCUCUAGGUCGGGGGUCAGGUCAAACUGUGGCGUGGGUGGUGGAAUGGUUCAUGGUCAGCAUUCAAGUACGCCCACAGCCUACUCGACGACAGGCUCAGCGUAUACGAGAGUACCCGAGUUCGAAUCCCAGCAGAGAUGUAGCCCCCAAUUCAGCAUCUGGGGGGCGAACUCUUUUGGUUUUUUUCAAGACCUGAUUAUACAUUCAAUGGCGAUACCAAACUUCGACUACGUCUUGGCGACGCAUAGUCUGUUCCAUCAACAUCGAACCCUCUCUUUCUCGUCUUCUUCUCCGACUGCCUCCCAAGGCAUCAUGUACAGAAGCUCUAUGACUGGUUCCUGGAUGUUUUGUCCCGAAGAUGCCCUCGAGGCCGAGGCAGGCCAAAAGCUGUUCCGCUCAUUCAAAAGUUGCCCAAUGUGA